AUGGCACAAGGUUCCCAGGCUUCCAUUGUGAAGAUUGCCGGUGCGGGGUUCCGGCUCUCCUUGCUCCUUAAUGCGGCUGCUUGUCAGCUUGCUCAGUCGAGACUGGAGAUACACAGCAUCGCUAAGGGAAUUUCGCUUUUUGCUCUGAUUCUCAAACGUGUCGGGCAGGUUAUUGAAGGUACUGAGGUUAACCAAUCCCCAGAGGCAACGGAGAAGGCAUGGGAGAUCGCCGAACAGGGCCAGAUGAUAUUUAUCGAGAUCGAGCACAUGCUGGACAAGCUAAAGGCAACCGACCGAAGCAGUGAUCUUAAAACAAUCCCACUGCAGGAAAGACUCAAGUGGUGCUUCCGGAAGCAGCAUGUCACUUAUCUGCUAGCCCACAUCGAAGCUCUCAAGCUCAGCCUGAUUGUCAUGAUACAAAUAUUACAGCUUGGAAGCCUUAUCAAAUCGCAUGCGGAUGAUGGUAUCAAUGUUGAUUCCCUUGCAUCUGCUUGGGAUGAUUCUAUUGCACAAGAUAAAGCGGAAUCCCAGAACAUGAUCAUCGUUCGGUAUUGGUCUGUGAAGCGCCUAGAUCGUCUAUGGGACCUCGUGGAGCAGGAAGCUAGAGAUGCCGCCAACGAUCCGACAAAUCAAAGGAUCAGUUCCAAUUACUCUUCUAAUACAGUCUCGCGGGCGUCGGUUGCGGCCAGGAACACAGCCCCGAGAAGGCUGCGUAUCGUUUCAUUUGGAGACAGCGAUGUGGGCCUGAGUGACAUAGAGAAGUCGCCGAAGGACAUGGUGCAACUUUCUGAGAGUGCAUUGAAUCAGCUUCUGUCGAUUUUAGUGCCUUCGAUUGAUCCUUCGAAGCUGCUGAUACACCACGCUGGACAAAGCCCCAGUUCAUCCAGCCAAUUCAGCCAGCCUCGAGUCUAUCUUUCUUCAGAUACAGAAGAAGAUGACCCCGAGGAGCUCGACUUUGACGGUCAUGAAAUCCGAGGCUACUAUCUCGAGGGAAAGACAUCGGAUUGGAGAGAGCCACACUCCCAAGAAGCCCGUCAGCACGCAGCAGAUCUCCGCCGACGAUAUUCCAGUUAUCAAGCUCGCGUUGAAAGCGAACCAGAGCCCGACGAAUACCGCAAGCACCGUGGCAAUCACCGCAAUGACUCCAAAGUCUUCGACUCAAGCGAUGAGGACGAGCAAAGAUCCGAUACCCUCCGACCCUUAAGCAACAAUCUCCCGCACGGCGGCCGUGUCCAUUCCAACAGCCUCUCAUCCAACUAUCCUCCGACCUCCAAUCCCGACAGCAGACCAUACGCAUAUCCCAGCGGUAGCUACCCAUUCCCGAAUCAACCCCCUCCCCGUCCCACACCACCACCACACUCACAGUCGGCUGCAUCUCAUCCCCCGGUUGCUUCCCAACAACCCUACAAAUACUACCCACCUCAAGACUAUGCUGCAGCCCCCCGGUCCGCUCCAAUGGCGAUGAACAAACCUACCAACCCUGCAAUCCCAAUCCCCAAUAUUAAUCCCUCGCCCAGAGGCCCGUCUCCAAACCAGGUUCAUUUUGAAACCCCCUGGCCUCGGAACCAAGCACAUAGCACAAUCAACAACAACCUCCAACCUCGCUCCCAUCCAUCUGCAUACCCGCUCUCUUCAUCAUCCCCCGAAUCUAAUCUCCGGAUCCCGCCGCCUCGGUCCGGGCAACGAUCACCGUCGUCGCAUCGCCGCACCUCACGUGAAGAUGCCAAGGAGCGUCAUAAGACGAUGACUCGUAAUGCUACGAGAGGCUUGGUGGGAAUUGGGGCUAUUGCUGGGUUUAUGGAUGCAUUGGAGGCUUUCUCAAUUCUGUGA